AUGUCAGCGUCCGAUACGAGUAUGACUGAUGCAAUUAAUGGUCUUCAACAAAGCUUAAUACUGUUUUCACAAGUAUAUUGCAUUUUCCUGAUUGUUUUUGGUACAAUGGGUCAUUUAUUAAGUAUCUAUGUUUUCACACGAUCUGCAUUACGUUCUAAUCCUUGCAUACGUUAUUUUCUGGCAUCGGCUAUAUCGGGUAGUAUGAAUGUGUGUAUUGUUGUUCCAAUACGAAUGCUUCAGCUUGGAUAUGGCAUCGAUAUAUUUAUAUAUUCACUUCCCGUAUGUCAAGUAUUAUCAUAUUUUUUGGGAUGGAUAAGACUAGUACCAGUCUGGUUUAUUUCCAUGGCUUCAAUUGAUCGAUUUCUUGCUAGUUCACCAUCUGCUACACUUCGUGGAUGGAGUAGUAUUCGUAUUGCUUGUCGUAUGAUACCAGUGAUUGUUCUAUUUAUUUGUCUUAUUUAUAUUCAUUAUCCUUUCAAUCAAGCCAUUUUAUUAUUACCACAGCGAUCUUGUACUUUUGCAACAAGUAGUUAUCGAGCUUUUUUUUCUAUAUGGAAUUUGAUUUUUUGGAGUUGGAUUCCAACGAUUUUAAUGUUAGUUUCUGGUUUAUUAACUAUUCGAAAUAUUCAUAAAAGCAAAAAUAGAACAGUUCCUCAAAAUAAUAUUCAUGAAAAUAACAAAAGAAUGGAUCGACAAUUAAUUCGAAUGUUAAUUAUUCAGUGUUUUGUAUUUAGUAUUACAACAACUAUUCUAUCAAUUAUUCAACUUUAUGUUUCUAUAACAAACAAUUUGAUAGUCAAAGAUAACUAUGUAAAAGCUCGUGAUCAAUUUGCUGUGAAUAUUGGAAAUUUUAUAGCUCUUUUUGGUCCAUGUAUGAGUUUCUAUUUUUUUACAUUAUCAAGUAAAUUGUUUCGUCGUCAUUUGAUUGAUGGAUUUCGUCGACAACAACCAAUACAGAAUACGACUAAUACAAAUGCACAGCAAAGACACGUCUGA